AUGGUACAAUACCAUCGGAGCCCUCUGAACCACAAAUGGAUCCCCCCACCCCCAGCAGCCAGGGCUCCCCGCGACCCCCCAAAGCGCAAAGGACUCCACACCACCAGAGCCAUGCUGGGGAGCUCCCUGCCGCCAGGGAGCAAUAACGCGGCUGAACCAGGGCCGACAGUCCCGAGCCCAGCUGGGGGCAAUCCCCGACGAGUGCAGGCAGAGCCAGCCCAGCCCCCCCAGCCGGCAGGGGGAAGCAGCGAGAGUCCCACCCCUGCCCAAGGGGGCUCUGGCGAGGAGAGGAGCCAAUGGGCCCCCAGGCCCAGGGACACGCCACCUGCCCCAGACCAGGGUCCAGAGCGGACCCCCACAUCAGGGGAGCCAUGCACCCAGAUUCGUUCAGAUUUUGACGAUGGCACUGGGAAUAUUUACUACUCUCUAGAAGGCAUUGGUGCAAACCAAUAUCCCUUCAAUGUGUUUGAAGUUGACCCUAAAUCUGGACUAAUUCGUGUGACCAAAAUUCUCGACAGGGAGGAUAUCGACACGUACAAUCUGGCAGGGGUCGCUAGGUACAGGGAUGGCACCUAUGCAGAGAAAAAUAUUGAAAUACGAAUGAAGGUUGUAGAUGAGAAUGACAACGCUCCAGUGUUUGGAGUCAUCAACCCGGGGGCGGUGUCCGAGCUCUCUCCUGCAGGGACUUCAGUUAUGAAAAUAACUGCAACUGAUGCUGAUGAACCAGGACAUGAGAACUCUCAGAUCGCAUAUUCCAUCAUUGAUCAGAAUCCACCUCAUAAUAUGUUUUACAUUGAUAAUGAUGGAACCAUCUAUACCAAAGAUUCUGCCCUGGACAGAGAGAAAGCAGAUAUGUACACUCUGACAGUGAGGGGUCAAGACCUAAAUGGCAGACCAGGGGGAAACACUGGAACCGGCACUGUUACCAUUAAAGUCCUUGAUGUGAAUGACAACCCACCCACCCUGGAAAAAUCAGAGUAUGCGGGCAGCAUUGAGGAGAACACACAGGGUGUGGAGGUGAUGAGACUAAAAGCAAAUGACCUGGACCUGAAAGGCACAGACAACUGGGAAGCUGUGUUUGACAUUGUGCAAGGCAACGAGGCAGGGUACUUCAGCAUCAAGACAGACCCCAACACCAACGAGGGCAUCCUAAUGCUUGACAAGGCUGUUGAUUAUGAGGUUGUGAAGAACCUUGAACUUGGACUAAUUGUUAGGAACAAGGCUCCACUUUUUGGAGGGGGAGCAGGAGGAGCAGGGGCAGCAGGGGGAGGAGGAGGAGCAGGGGGAGCAGGGGCAGCAGGGGGAGGAGGAGGAGCAGGGGAGCAGGGGAGGAGGAGGAGCAGGGGAGCAGGGGGAGGAGGAGGAGCAGGGGGAGCAGGGGGAGCGAGUGGUACUGGUGCGGGAGGUGGGUCUGGAGGAUCAUCAUGGCAAAGUGGGACCACAUAUACAACCUAUCCAAUCAAAAUUAAUGUGACGAACCAGCCUGAGGGGCCACGUUUUCAGCCCAAAGUCAAAGUCAUUCCAGUCUCAGAGGGAGGCAACUCUUUCAACAUUAAAGAUGUUAUCGCCAGCUACCCUGCAUUAGAUGGAGACACUGGGAAACCAGCAGAGAAAGUCAGUUAUGCCAAGGGCUCAGACCCUGACAACUGGUUUACCAUCGACCCAAAUACAGCUGAGAUCAGACUGAACAAGAUGCCUGACAGAGAAUCUCCACUCGUGGUCAAUGGGACAUACAUUGCUCAAGUACUUUGCAUUUCAGAAGACAUGAGUAAAACAGCCACCGGCACCAUAGCCAUCCAGGUGGAAGAUGCUAAUGACCACUGCCCCACCCUGACCAGUAACAUCCAGACAAUGUGUACCACGAAUACUUCUGUUAUUGUGAACGCCAAAGAUGAGGACGCAUCUCCUAACGGACCUCCUUUUGACUUUGUCAUCAUCCCAAAGGGCACAAAGGGCCAAUGGAAGGUGGAGCAUCUCAAUGACACUGCAGCUAUCCUGAGAGCCCAGGAGUCCAUGUGGCCUGGUGUCUAUGAGGUGGAAUUGGCAGUAAGCGACAUGCAGGGACAGGUCUGUCCAGAACCACAGAAAGUGAAGGUCCAAGUUUGUACCUGUGAGGAUGGAGUGGUGUGUGGAAAACAAGGCCUCAAUGGUCAGGCCAGCAAAGAAGCAGUGUUAGGACCUGCAGGCAUCGGACUGCUAUUACUGGGCCUGCUGCUCUUACUACUCAUUCCUCUGUUGAUGCUCUUCUGCCAAUGUGGGGAGGCUGCUGGUCUGCCAGGGGGCUUUAGUGAGAUGCCUUUCGACACCAAAUCACACCUUAUUAACUACCGCACUGAGGGCCAGGGAGAGAACACGGAGGUGCCGCUACUGACCAUGCCAACACAACUGGAUGGAGAUACGGUCUCUAUGGGUAUGAUGGCUAAAAAAUCUUCAGCAAUGGGGCCCAUGGCAGGUUUGGAUUUCCAGAAAUCCGUCACUUCCAUGGAUGGGAUGAACAGGGCUGCCUAUCAGGACAGUUUUGGAAGUGGCCACAGAGAAGGGACAUGGGGGACGAUGAACCAGCAGAGCGGCAGCGGUUUCUGCUCUGAGUUUGACGGCAGACAACGCAAACAAUCAGGAGUAGGUGGAGUUCAUGAUGGCAUGGCUUUGCCAGACCACUUCCUGGGACAGUACUACACUCAGAAGAUGACCAGUGGAAACGAGAGCCUUGGUGUGAAGGAUGGUCUUUUGGUUUACGAUUACGAGGGCCAGGCCUCCCCUGCUGGCUCAGUGGGCUGCUGCAGCCUCCUGGAGUCUGACAACGACCUGCAGUUCCUCGAUGACCUCGGGCCAAAGUUCAAGACCCUGGCUGAAGUGUGCGGAGGCAAGAAGAUCGCAACUGAAGUCAAACCCGUGUUCACUCCUCCGCCCAGUGCCUCCAUCAAUACUCAGAGCUCAGUAUCAAGUUUGAGGACUGCCCAACAGCUGCCCCCACCCCCCAAGCUGCAGCCGACUAUUGCCGAAACAGGGCAGACUGUAGUCAGGGAGACAUCUGAGCGUACUGAGAUGGUGAAGGAAAGCAAGGCCGCGGUGAGGGAAGGGAUGACCACGGUGAAGGUGAACCAAGGGAUGGCAAAUCAUGGCCAGAUGCUCCUGCUACAGCAGCAGCAGCCUGUCUACUACACCACCGCUCCUGUUGUGCAGUCGAUGCAGUACGUAGUCCAGCCACAGAUUCAGAACACCAUGCUGCUGGCUGAGGCACCAUCCACCAACUUGCAGGGCAUGGUACUGGUUAAUGGCACCCAGACUGGAUCUUCCCAAGGCAUGGUCGUUCAGGGGCAGACAGUGAUGUCCAGCGGACAAGCCCGGGGCCCCGGCAUGGUGCUGGUGGAGAGCGGCAGCGUCCAGGGGGGUGGUGCCAACCUGAUCUACACUGGCAACCUCUCUGGCUCCCAGACCAUGAUGGUUGUGGAGGGCAAGGUCCCUGCAGGGUCAAUGAAAGUGCUGAAGGGGAGCCAGACCUGCCUCGUGCAGGGGGGCACUCUACAGCCAGCAGGGCUUUCAGGAUCUCAGAGAGUCCUGGUGGUCGGAGAGACAACAAGCAGCGGAGGGCAGCUGGUCCAAGAGGCAGGAGGUCAGUCCCAGAAGAGUGACGUCUCUGGCUCUCAGCAAGGGCAGCACAUCCACUGGAUUUAAGUGCUGUGUCUCAUGUUACUAUCUAGUCAUGGUUUUUAAUGUGUUUUCUACAAACAUACAAGGACAUUCUUUGGACUUUCUGGAUAUCAGGUUCAAAUGUGUCACUGUACAGAAGAUUGAUGGAAUGUUUCAUGAAUACUCCUUUUUAGAGAUCAGUUAAACAAGUUGAAAGUGUUUGUAACAUAAAGCAAAACAGACUUCUGGACACUAACUGGUAAAGCCACAGCUUUGCACAAGUAACCUGACCAGCUUUUAAGGUUUUUGAGACGUGGGAAUUAAAAUGCUUACCCAACAACCAAGGAGAAAACCUCCCCUCUGUCUGUGGGGGGGCGUCCAUUUCAGCUCACUUGCACUUUGGUUUCUUGUGGCACAGCUUGAUCUUAACACGCCUGAUCUACUUUUACAAAGGUCUUAGAUUAUAUUUAGAUUUCAUUGCUGCUCUUGAAUGAACUACAGUAAAUGUUUUAUGUUGGACAAUUUUUCUUUCACCAGUCUAUGUCAUGGUGCCAUUUAUUUUGUGUUAUUUCCUUCCAGUCAUAAGGAAGGCUUUAGUCUGUUGAGCAAUUUGACCUUCUCCAGAAAAUAAACAAAAAUGUCAUUGUAGUUAGUGUUGAACUUACACAGGUUUGUUUAGUACUAUGCCGACAUAUGCUAAUGUGCUGGAAUACAUUUUGACAUAAUGUCAUCAUGUCUGUCUCAGUGAUGCUUACUUCAAUAAAAUCAAAAGUUUA